AUGUCAAAAUUGGGCGGAGCCACUGCGAGAGUCGUCAAAGGUGCUCUUAAAGCCAGAGCGGCUCUCACACUGACAAAUGAGGCGGUGAGCAGAAUAAGAGUUCUGCUGGCACAACAAAACAAUGCAAAUGCGCUGAAAAUCGGAGUCCGCCAAAAAGGCUGUAAUGGGUUGACGUAUACACUGGAAUAUGCCCGGGAAAAGCAGAAAUUUGAUGAAGAAGUUGAGCAGGUGGAUUUUUCAAAAUUUCUGAAAAAAAAUCUGAAAUUUUUUUUUUUUGAGCUGAAAAUUCUGAAAAUUCAAUUUUUCGCUAAAAAUCGAGACGGAAUCAAAGUUUGGAUCGAGCCCAAAGCCCAAUUAUCACUGCUGGGCUCCGAAAUGGACUAUGUCACUGAUAAGCUCUCGUCGGAAUUCGUUUUUCGAAAUCCCAACAUUAAAGGAACGUGCGGAUGUGGCGAAUCGUUUAGCAUCUGA